CUGCCUCAAACUAUCCCGCGAGAAACUUUGUGAACUUUUUUGCAUUUUAUUAUUGAUAAUUGACAAAAAAUGGUGACAGCACUAAUUAUUUUGCUGCAAUAUCUAUGAUUAUUCUUUGAAGAUUGUCAUAUGAAAGCCCUGUUUCACAAUGACAAUGUUAGCAGAAAGUGUGGAGUUCAUCAACAAAUUCCGAAGCAAUAGCGACAAUUACAAUGUAUAUCAAUGCCGAGCAUUUCUUGGGAGAUUCCUGGAGAGCUAUUUGUCAGACAUUUACAAAGUGUCUGAGUCCUUAAAGUCAUGCGGCUCUAACAGUGAGUACACGGCGCUACUACAGUUCUGUGAGAUAUUCCUGGAACAGCGGAGGGAGGUUUUCAUUUCCCCACCCCUACACACCACUCCUAAUACCCCACCCUUAAACAAGCCAAUCAGCAACACUGUUGAUGAAGAAUUCCUUACACAAAGCUACUUGCGAUGGUAUUUAUCUCGAAUCCUGGUGUUGCUGGGCUACACAAGUUGCGAGGGGAUACAUGGGCGUACAAGGGAGAUAAUUGUGCAACUACUGCAGGCCAUCAAGUCACGUGACGUGUACUACUUUGCACAGAUACUGCGGGAAAUUGUCCACUGCAUUAUUGAUCUGGUCGAGAUCAGUGAGCAGAUGUUCGGAGGGAAACUGGAGUCAGCCAAGCUGCAACGACUGCCUGUGGACAUGGACCUUGUGUUGAGGAGUCUUCAGGAACCAGCUGAGCGGUCAAACCAGUGUGAAGUUGUACUGACCCCUGCACAGCUGAAUGUGGAUGAUGUGGAAUAUUGUGAACAACUCCAGCUUAACCUCACCAAAGUUCUAUGUGACAUUGGCUAUGACCUAGGUAGUUUCUGCCCCAUCAUCGAGGCUCAAGCGUUACUGGAGAGCCUGUGCUGUCAGCUGGAGAUUGGCGAGGUCAGCCUGAAAACUGAGUCUCUGCGGUUAGCUUGUGUGUUGUUGCAUUCCUGUCCCCGCAUCAUCACAGACAUUGAGCUGUGUAACUUCUUCCUUGACUGCGUUGUUGCCAUGGUGAGGCUCCUGUGCACGGGACUGCCACUUGUGACUGACCUGAAAGACAGUGACCAUAAGAAGUUUGAGCACAGUGCAGCUAGUGUGCUGCUAGAGCUGGUAGCCCUUAGUACUGGCGAGUUCCCAAACCUGGGGCUGCGGGGCCUGGAGCAACUCCUGGAGGGGCUCGGGGAGACCCUGCAGGAGGAGGGGCUUGGGCGACUUAAGACGCAUGGGCUCCGGGCAGCCCUUGGUUCCUUAAUGGCCAAUAUCCUUGAAACCCUACCUACCCAACACCAACUGAGCUUCAUCUGUAUGCCCCACCGGAGCAGAUUAGUGAGAGCACUCACCAAUGAGAUCGGCACCUCAACAGACUUACAGUACCUGGUUGGUUGUUUGGUCAAGGCUGUCCUGUGUGAGCUAAUGGGGAACCAGACAAGUGUGGAGGGGAUAUCUCUCUUCCACAGUGACACACCUAAAGCUAGCGGAAAUGCAAGAAAAAGGAAGCUUGAUGGGUCUGUGUUGUUGGCGCCCAAAGUUCCGAACAAGAGUAAGACAUACAAGAUAUUGAUGAUGAAGCUGCACACAUUCCUCACAGAAGAAAACCAGGUGGAUGUGAGGGCAGUCGAAGGAGUACAAAUGAUUAUAGAAGUUACCACUUGCUGCAUCAAUAUGUGCAGACAAGAAACUCUCCAUCCUCCAGUGUUAAGGCCACAGAAGGAGUAUAGUGAGUUUGGAUCGUGGUUGAACAAGGAGCAUGUUAAUGACUUAUGUGGCUUCAUGUUCACAACACUACAGUUUGCUGCUCAAAAAGACCUUCCUGCAGCAGAUGUCACUCAUGUUUAUCUAGGGAUUCUGAAAAUUAUUGGGGCACUUCUAGCUGUACAAGAUGCAGCUGAGUUUGACGCUGAAACGAAUCAGACAUUUGGAUGGAUGGCCUCCCUACCUUGGCUUUUGAAUGACCCUUCUUGGGUGGACCUGAAGCCAGCCAACCCCCGUGGAAUUGUCAAGGUCACUAACGUCCUUGCUCCUAAGCUCGAUGAGCAAUGCAGUGCAGAGUGUGUGGGUGUUUUGGCCCUGCUGCCCAAGGAUGUGGCCCACAAGUGGAGGGUGCACAUCUUCAGGCAGGCUCUGUGUGAUGGUGGCAGCUUGGUGAAGGUGCGGGCCAUCCAGUCGUUUCCUAACCUACUCUACCACCUCGGACCUAAUGCCAACCACCUUGUCUACGAUCUCCUUCAUUCCUGUGUUAGCGAUGGGUCAGACGAUAAACAAAAGGCUCUGGCUGGAAUUGUUGGUCAUCUGGCAUGUGUUGUCAGUAGGAAGGCCAUCCUUAACAAGAGUCCCGUUGUCAGUUUGGAGAGGCCGAUGUACACUGCCAUCUCUGUUGGCUGCCUUUCUUGUGAUGGCUCUGAUUUGGUUGAUGUGACAGGCAGUCCUAGAGAGCGGCCACGCCUGGUAGACGCCAACAUGUUCCUGCCAUUUAUGCAACUUGCACAGUCAGACAGUGUGCAUAUACGCAAAGUGUUUAUAGAGAGCCUGCGAUAUGUGUUUGGACACAUCGGAGUACGCAAGAACAAUGCUGCCACCAUCAACAUCCUAACUACUGCUCUCAAGUUUGUAGAGGACACAGACUAUGAUAUCAGAGUGGCAUUCAGUGAGGUAGUGCAGCACGUGUUUGGUGGUGAGGAGAUGUCGGGGUCAGACGACACCAGCGACCUUGUACUGACCAAACUCCAGGACGUUUUUACCCAGGCUCGAGUAGAUAGCAAUGUUCGUCUACAGGAGACACUGCUUCUGACCAUAGGGCAGCUCGGCAGAGUAUGGGAGGGUCAACUCCUGGUCACAGUCAUCAUCUUCCUACUAGAAAGCAUGUUACUUCCUAUUCCCCUUGUGGCUGCAACUGGAUAUGAACAGCUGAAGGACAUAGCAGACUACAAGAAUACGCAAACUCAGAACUUGUUCAUGCGAUGUCGACACGAUGUGUGCAAGUUUCUUGUCAAUGCCAUGCAUGAUGCACAGACGGGAAAGAUGGGAAAGUCUGCGGAUGAUAUCCUGACAGAAGUCUCGCGUGUCCUCGGAUUCCCAGAUGUGAAAACCUUCCUUUCAGGCACAAAGAAGUACAUAGUCCCGUACCUGGUGAGCAAGGGGACGCCUGCAGCAUCCACCCUCGUCAAGCUCAUUGCUACACACCUAGAUAUUGCAAGUCGAAGCAAGUUGCUGCUGAACAACACAAAGUUUGUGUUCUCGUACCUGGUGAGGACCAAGCCUAGAGAGGCUGACCUGCACGCUGCCAUACAGUAUCUACAGAGAGAGACAAACAUUGAUCUACCCAACCUGUUGAGGCUGGAUUUUCAGAGGGUUCACAAUGAGCUGUUGCUUCAUCUUAGUACCAACUUCUCUCAGGUGUUCAAUGGCCUGAAGAUGUUGUCUACGUUUGAUGAGAACUGGAAGGGCGGAGUGGUGUCAACUCAUGAGGACAUGGCCGCCUAUCUGCAGCCCAGAAUUCUCGGGGUGCUCGCACACUUUGACUCACCACUUCUAAACGCUAGUAUACCAAUGGAGGAGAAGAGACCAACCCUUGAGAGUUUGAUCUCGAUCAUCCGACUGAUGGGAUCGAAGAUAAUCAGUGGAAUCCGACACAAGGUGAUGAGUACCCUCCGUAUAGGCCUGCAGAUCAAGGAUGAACAGUUCACCGAGAUCUCGUGCAGAGCAUGGAACUGUUUUGUUCGCAGCCUGGAAUUGCCGUUCCUGGGUCAGAUGAUGUCCCAGAUUAUUGCCACACUCCUCCCUCUUCUCGAGCUGAUGCCCAAACAGGUCGCUGACAUCUUCAACUACAUGAUUGUCGACAAUAGGGAGACAAUGAAGAGCCAGUUCCAUGACAUCUACUUUCUACCUGACCUUCCAGAGCUGGCAGAAGCCAACGCUGUCCUCAAAAAGUAUACUGACAACCUCGCCAGCCAACUGGACUUCAAGAGUCAGUUACGUCACACCCUGAAAGGAGUCCAACAUGAAAGUCUCGAUGUCCGCCUUCAUGCCCUCUCCAAGCUGAAAAAACUACUCAAGGAUGAAAGAGUUGCCUUUUCUGAACUUGUGAUGGAAAGUGAAACUGCAAGCCCGCUUGUUUCUGGGCUCAUAUCAGUGCUGUUGAAGGGAUGUCGUGAGGGUGAUGUCCGGGCCCAAGGGUUGUAUGCGGAAUGUCUGGGCCAGUGUGGGGCCAUCGACCCCGGCCGCCUAGAACUAGCUACCAACAAUCCAAAGGUGGAGCUUGCCAACUUUCAGAAUAGCAUUCUAAAGGAGAAGUUUGCCUUUGCCCUGAUAAAUGAGGUAGUUAAAUCAUACCUGGCGGCUACUGAACCUCGUAUCCAGGACUGCUCCGCGCUCGCGUUACAAGACCUGCUCCAGAUAUACGGAAUUUCGGAAAAAAGUGAGGAUGAACGCACGCAGAAGCUCUGGAAUGGUUUUACCUCCCAAGUCAAGGAAAUACUUAUUCCCUUCAUGAGUACCAAGUAUAUUCUUGCUCCUACGCAGUACAACUGGGCCAACUUGCACAAGCCGAUCUAUGGCUCUCGUAAAGGCAGCACCUUUAAAGACUGGGUCAGCACAUGGACACUCUACCUCUCUUCCAAGGUGCGUGCUGAGGGUAAGCCAUUCAAGGUUUUCCGUGCUUGCAGUGCGGUGAUCAAGUUUAAUGUGCACCUCGCCCUAUACAUCCUGCCCUAUGUUGUUCUGCAUGUUCUGCAGGACGGAACACAGGCAGACAUCAAUGAGGUUGUUGUUGAGAUAGAGGAGGUAUUGACCCAAGUGACGGGGAUGGAUGGGGGGCGGGCGAAGGUGGCCGUCGGCUUUCACCACAUGGCUGCCCAGACUAUCUUCUCGGUCCUUGACUACCUUACCAAGUGGAAGUUCCUCAGUCAGCAGAUCAAGGCUGCCGGCUCACAGGGGGAAACUGCGUUAUCGCGAGUGAAGGGAUUCCUGGAGUGUAUACCCCAGGACAAGCUGGCUGAGGCCUCGUUCCAGUGUAAGGCCUACACCCGGGCCCUCAUGCACUACGAGCUGCACCUCAAGGGGAAGCAGAAACUCACCAAGGAACAGCUCGACUUCCUGCAGCGACUGUACAGGGAGUUGGAUGAGCCGGACGGUGUACAGGGAGUAGCGGCCAUAAGACAAUCCACGCCCUCCCUCAGCGAGCAGAUACUUACUUACAGUGGCAGGCUUGGUUGCCAGGUGGAGUUACAAGCAUGUUACGAGCAAGCGAUUCAGAAUGAACCUGAGGAUUUAAGCCACCACCAGGGUCUGUUACGCUGCCUAAUGGACCUCAGUCAGCCUGCGCAGGCUCUACACCACGCAUCUGGGGCCAUUGCCAACACGCAGGGCUGGAUGCUGCAGCUGUUGCCGUUCCAAGUUGAGGCUGCAUGGAAACUGGGUCACUGGACGGACUUACAGAACUUCUCUACCAAGGAUACUAGUAGCAGAAGUUGGCCUGUCAUGUUGGGAAGGAUAUUACUGGCUGCCAAAUCCAAGAGUGAGGGUGAGUUUCUGAAGCAGCUGCAGGUGGCAAGACAGGAGCAAGUUGGACCACUAUCAGCUGCCAGCAUGGAGAUGGGCUCCUACCAGCGUGGAUAUGAACACAUUGUCAGACUUCACAUUCUGAACGAGAUAGUUGAGAGCUUACAGUUAUUGAUGGAUUUCCUAGGUGAUGGAGGUCAGGGGUCACUAAAUAUUGGUAUACCUGACCUCAUGGCUCACUGGCAAACCAGGCUUAAAAUGAUGCAGUCAUCAUUCCGGAUACAGGAGCCAGUUCUAACAAUGAGACGCACACUGAUGACCUUAGCGCAACAGGAUCAUGAUAUCAACUUCGAUAUCGAGACAGAAAUUGCUCACAGCUGGCUCAGCAGUGCCAAAACUGCACAGAAGACUGGGUACGUUCAGACAGCCACACGGUUCCUGCUACAGGCCUCAGAAUACAACCUGCCACAGUACUGCCUCCAGAAGGCUAAGUGGCACUGGGAAAAGGACGAGCAUGAGCAGGCGAUGUCGCUAUUGGAGCAGCAGAUGGUCGUCCAUUUCACCAACGUCAAUCAGAUACUGGCUGACCAAUCGGAGGCUGGCAAGGCUAAACGCAGGGUCUACGCCAAGGCCUUGUUACUGUAUGGUCGAUACAGUGAGGAGACAUCGCGUAUUGAGAGUAACCAAAUAGUGAAGAAAUACAAGGAGGUGAUUGAGACGGACCCGGAGUGGGAACAUGGCCAUUUCUACCUCGGGAAAUACUUUGACAAGAUCAUGACCACACUCGUCGAUGAGAAGAAUGAUGUGUCCAAACAGGGAGAGUUUGUGGUCCAUGUGGUAAAAAACCUAGGAAACUCACUUCGCCAUGGUAACACAUUCAUCUACCAGUCAUUGCCACGGUUACUGAGUCUGUGGCUGGAUUUCGGUUCGUCUGUGGUGGAGCUGGAGAAGAGGGAACAACCACGCCCCUCUAUGUCACUGCAGAAAAACAGGUCAUACCUUGGCAAACUCAACAAAAUGAUCGAGACAUUUGGGAGGCAGCUUGCCCCAUACCAGCUGUUCUUUGCCUUCUCCCAGUUGACCUCUCGCAUCUGCCAUGCCCACCAAGAGGUGUUCAUCCAACUCAAGACCAUUAUAGCGAGGCUGGUAGUUGCCUUCCCUCAGCAAGCUCUCUGGAUGCUCAUGGCUGUAUCCAAGUCAUCCUUGAAGACAAGGUCAGUACGGUGUCAGGAAAUCUUCGCAACAGCAAAAGAAGCGACCCCAUCCCUGGCCAAGGUGAUCCAGGACUACACCAAACUGACAGAGCGCCUCCUGGAGCUGUGUGAGAAAGAGCUUGAGGCCGGCAAGUCUGUCUCCAUCACCACUUACUUCAAGCCCCUCAAGAGGCUUAUUGAUGACAGCUCCCUGAGUAAGAUCCUGGUGCCCUUACAGUCCCUGAUGACUGUAAACCUGCCCAGUACAGUAGACAGAGAUAGGGAACAUGACCCAUUCCCUGCUAACCUUGUGUACAUUAGUGGCUUUGAGGAUGACAUUGAGAUUCUGGCCUCCUUGGCGAAACCAAAGAAGAUCACAAUGAAAGGCAGUGAUGGCCAGAAAUAUGUCAUGCUUUGUAAACCAAAUGAUGAUCUUAGAAAGGACUGCAGGUUGAUGGAGUUUAAUGGCAUUGUGAACAAGUUCUUGCGGAAAGAUCCAGAAUCCAGGAAACGCUUCUUGUAUAUGCGUACAUAUACUGUUAUUCCCUUGAACGAGCUGUGUGGUUUGCUUGAAUGGGUAAACAACACUCGUGGUCUUCGGGCAAUCCUGAUUCAACUCUACAAGGAAAAGGGCCUUUACAUGCCUGGCAAGGAGCUCCAGGGUGCCAUGCCCAAUCUGCAGGCCUCCAUUGAGACCAAAAAGCAGGCCUUACGGACCAAGCUGUUGCCUCGUCAUCCACCGGUGUUUGGGGAAUGGUUCCUGCGAACAUUUACCGACCCCACAUCAUGGUACAACGCACGUCUGGCCUACUGUAAGACAGUGGCAGUGAUGUCAAUGGUGGGCUACAUACUGGGGCUGGGGGACCGACACGGGGAAAACAUCCUGUUUGACUCCACCAAUGGGGACUGUGUUCAUGUAGACUUUAACUGCCUCUUCAACAGGGGCGAGACAUUUGAGUGGCCAGAAAAGGUUCCUUUCAGGCUGACGCACAACAUGGUUCAUGCCAUGGGCCCUACGAGACUGGAGGGUAUCUACAGGCGGGCGUGUGAGGUCACUCUGCGGGUCAUGAGGAAGGAGACAGAGCCCCUCAUGAGUGUGCUGAAGCCGUUUGUGUAUGACCCCUUAGUGGAAUGGAGUAAGCCAGCCCGUGGUCAGAGACAGAAUCCAGCCCCUCUAAAUCCCACAGGGGAGGUCACCAAUGAACAGGGUCGCGUCCAUGUACAGAACAUAGAGCAGAGACUCCAGGGAAUCCUCAACAAGGGGACAAAGCGCAGCGGUCUGGCGCUCUCUGUGGAGGGACAUGUGAACCAUCUCAUAAAUGAGGCCACAAGCGAGGAAAACCUCUGUCAAAUGUACAUUGGAUGGGCUGCGUACCUUUAAGUGUUGUCUGGCAGUCAGAAUGUAUAUGGACACAUGAUUGACCUGGCUUUGUUCAAGAAAGGCCGCCUUACGUUGCUGUCUGAUAAACAAAGCUACAACUGUAUGAGCGAAGAUAACUUGUGUUAGAUGUGCAUUAACUGGGUGGCUUUCCUCCCUAAAUUUUGUCUUAAAAACACAAAGUACUAAUGUUCUUGUAUAUAUCUUAAUGUGUGUUUAACAAGAUGAAUUUCUGACAGAUGCAAUGUACAUGUACAGGUAUAUUGUAAAUUAUCUGGUGGGACCCAUUGGCAGUAGUUUGACUUGUUCACAUGUACAACUGGUUAAAGCUGCAUGUAGAUCUUUGGAGUACAUGAACAAAUAUAGUUACAUUUUCCACAUAUUCACAAUAUUUUGUGAACAAGUACCCAUUAUAAGUGUUGUCAAUAAUCAUUCAAGUAACAUAUUGUAGAUCUACACCCGAUGACAUUUUCAGCUAGUGUAACUUGGGUUGUUUUGGCAUUUACUUGCAAAAAAAGCCAAAUAUUGUGUAUUUAAAUUGUCAGAAAUAAAAAAAGAAUCAUGCACAAUUAUGGUAAAUAAAAGGCUGGUGGAGUGCAUUGGCUUGUAACAAAUGUAAGUUGGCCCAACUUGAUCAAUAUCUGUUUAAUUUGUUGUUGUUUUUUCCUUUAAUUAAAUAUUCGUAUUGGCAUUAGAAAAGGGUUGCUAUGAUUUAUUACCGAAUUAUUUUAUAAUUUACAUGUACAUAAUGUCUAUUUCAAUACAUGUAUUCGUCUAGUAUGAAUAUUGUUUUUGCAAUGAACAAAUAUAAGACAUAUUUCUGCAAGCUUGAUCUGAGUCCUCUACAUGUAUUUUAAAAUGUAUGUUGUAUUGUUACUGUUUUUGUUCAAUGUCACCAAAAGUGUUCCUUGUUAUAAGAAAAAAUAUAUGAUUAAUAAAUACACUGCACUCUU